AUGGAACGCCUGAAACCUCACAUUAGAAGCGGCGAAAACUUGAAUCUGCUGACGAUGAUCGCAGUUGAGUGCAUGAGGCUGCUAGUGAAAUUUUACUCAAUUGUUUCACCAAUCGCAGAAAUCCGGCAAACUGAACUUAGUCUAGUAAAUGAAAGUUUUCAGAAGGAGUUAGAAAAAGAAAUUGAUAGAGAAAUUGAAAAUAUACCAGAUGUACAAAAUUACCAGGAAACGGAACAAAAUGAUAAGGGCGGAGAAAAUGAAGGAGAGGAGAUUGAACACGAAUUAGAAGAUGAGCUAGAACAGAAUGAAUACUUCACUACGAAUGAACCAAGGGAUGAAACAAUGAUUCGGUUGGCAUCUGAAAACGAAAGGCUUAAAGUAGUGGUUAGCCAACUGUUACAGCGGAUAGAAGCGUUAGAAAUGUCGAACGCACCUAGACCCAUCGAGAAAAAUUUACAUAUCAAAGAAACGAACAGUACGCGAGUUAAUACAAAGGAAACGCCAAACAUAAAAUUGCAACCGGUAAAAAGUCCGAUAAAUCAAGAUUUUUGCGAUUGGCUCAAAGAAAGGUGCAGUUCUUUGGAGAGCUUUGAGAAUAACUUCAGACCGAAAUCCACCCACGUAGACGCAGUGCAUGCGGGGGAGGAAGUUGACGUUCACGUAAAACGUGAAAGUCAUCUACCUAUCCACAAGUGGACUUUGCGCUACGACGGGAUGGAUAACGGUCGGAAAUUAAACGAAUUCCUUAAGGAAGUAGAAUUCAACGCAAGAUCUGAAGGCUAUUCCAAAGCCGAACUUUUUGCCUCCGCGCACUAUUUAUUCACACGAAAAGCACGCUCGUGGUUUAUGGAGGUCAACGAAAACAACGAGUUGCGAACGUGGGAAAAUCUUGUGCGUGAACUUAAGAAUGAAUUUUUGCCCGUUGACAUAGAUUUUCAAUAUGAAAGAAUGUUGCAUGCACGGAGACAAGGUACUCGCGAAACUUUUCAAGAUUAUUACCUGGAUAUGGUGCGAAUUUUCCGGAGCAUGUCGUAUCAGUGGGAUGACGGCCGGAAAUUUGACGCUCUCUUCCGUAACACCCGAGAUGAUUGUAAGAUCGCCAUGUUAGCUGCCAAUAUAGACACCAUACCUAAAAUGAGAGAGUUUGGUAAGAAAUUUGACGCCAUCAAUGGACAGGGUUACGUUCAAAAGAAUGAUCGAUUUCAAGGAAGACCUCCGGCUCGUGUCGAAGAACUCCAAGAAAACGACCGAUGGCGGGAUAACCGUCAACAGAAUCGUCAGAAGGAAUAUCAAAACCGCUCGUUCAAGCCAAAGUAUAAAAACGAACAAAAUAAUAGAUCAUCGGAUCAAAAGAAUGAUUCACAAAGAGUAGGAGGUGGUAAUAAUUAUUACCAGAAACCACAACAGCAGGUCUUUACGAAUCUUUGUAACAGAAAUGAAGAUACCAAUCCCAAACCUGAAGACUACCCAGUGAGGCAGGGUAGUCCGCUGAAGAAUCUCGAAAGGCCUCAGGCUCAUUCGGUUUCUGGUCUAACUGCAGUUUUACAUCAGUUGGGUUACUCUCAAAUGGAGGCUGCUACGGAAGUUGACGAGAUUUCACCUUUGCUUGUUCAGCUUAGUGGAGAUGCCAGACCAUUUGUGAAAAUCCAGCUGAUGGGGAUUGAGUUGAUCGGAUUAUUGGACAGCGGAGCAGCCAGAACUGUGUUGGGAUUUGGUGCGAAAAAAUUAAUAAAAUCUUUGGAUCUCAAUUUGUUACCGACGUCUGUUAAUUUGCAGACGGCAUCUGGUGAUAGUUUGGAAGUAGUUGGAUGUGCUGAUGUACCUAUUACAUUUAACGGCUCUACUAGAAUUUUAUCUGUUUUAUUUGCACCAAAACUGCAACGUAGGUGUGUGCUGGGGUAUGACUUUUGGUUGAAAUUCGGAAUAAGUCCAAAUAUUCCGAACCAACCAUUGGACAUACUUGAUGACGAGAUUCCCAGUGAAACGGACCAGGAGGAGAAGUUGACCUCGGAGCAAAUACAGCAGCUUGAAGAGGUCAAGAAACUCUUCAUAGUUGCGGCGCCUGGGAAGCUUACAAAAACCCACGUCAUUGAACAUGUCAUUGAUCUAAAAGAUGAAUGCAAAAAUCUAGACCCAGUUAGAAAAAAUCCUUACCCCUGGAGCCCACAUAUCCACGCAAAGGUUCAGCGAGCUCUAGACAACUUGAUUCGAGAUGAUAUUGUGGAACCAUCGGAAUCCGAUUGGGCAUUGCCUAUCAUUCCGGUGGCGAAACGAGAUACAUCUGAAGUCCGGUUGUGCCUAGAUGCUCGCAAAUUGAACGAACGUUCCAAACGUGAUGCGUAUCCUUUACCACACCAAGACCGGAUCUUAAGUCAUCUGGGACCGGUGAGGUUUCUAACCACCAUCGAUCUAUCACAAGCGUUUCUGCAAAUUCCCUUGAAUCCUAAGUCACGGAAGUAUACUGCAUUCUCGGUUCCCGGCCGGGGGUUAUUUCAAUACAAAUCCUGUCCUAUGGGGCUGGUUGGGAGUCCGGCUACGCUUAGCAAAUGUAUGGACCGUGUGCUAGGUCAUGGUGCGUUAGAACCAGCAAUAUUUGUCUACUUAGACGAUAUUGUCGUAGCCACACUGACGUUCGAGGAUCACAUCGCGAAACUGAAGGAAUUGGCGAAGCGUUUGGGGGAAGCCAACCUUUCAAUUAACCUUCAAAAGUCGAAAUUCUGCUGCCAAGAGUUACCGUAUCUCGGAUACAUUCUUUCAAAGGACGGUUUGAGACCUAAUCCUGAUCGCAUUCAGGCGAUCAUCGGAUAUCAGGUACCCAAAUCAGUCAGACAGCUAAGACGAUUCCUCGGUAUGGUGAAUUACUACCGUAGGUUCAUCGAAAACUUUAGCAGUAUAGUUGCACCCCUCACUGACUUGCUCAAAAACAAGCCAAAGAGGGUGCAGUGGAACCAGGCAGCAGAAUUAUCCUUCCAAGCCAUAAAGGAACGGCUUAUUUCGGCUCCGGUUAUGGCUAACCCCAACUUCGCCUUUCCUUUUGUGAUCCAAACGGACGCCAGUGAUAACGCGAUAGCCGGUGUCCUCACUCAAACGCAUGAUGGAGAGGAGAAGGUCAUAGCGUUCUUCUCUGAGAAGUUGAAAGGGGCUGAAUUGCGAUACCACGCUGCUGAGAAGGAAGGUUUGGCUGCACUUCGCAGCAUAGAAAAGUUUAGGGGAUACGUAGAGGGAUCUAAAUUCACCUUAGUGACUGAUUCGGCUGCUCUAACUUUUAUUAUGCGAGCAAAGUGGCGAUCAUCCUCCCGUCUUAGUAGAUGGAGCAUCACUUUACAGCAAUUCGACAUGGACAUCCGGCAUCGGAAGGGGAAAGACAAUAUAGUACCCGAUGCGUUAUCCCGUUCAAUCGAGACUCUGGACGCUAAGUCUGAGGACGGGUGGUUCAGUAAACUCUUAUCGGCCGUUAAGGCCGAUCCGGAGAAGUAUGUGGACUUCAGAAUCGUGGAUGGGAAUUUGUUCAAAUUUGUGGCAUCUAAGGCGGACACAAUGGACUACAGGUUCGAAUGGAAACAUUGUGUUCCGGCUUCCGCGCGAAGUGAAAUCUUACAUCAAGAACACAAUCAGAAUUUACACAUCGGGUUCGACAAGUGCAUUGAAAAAAUAAAACGGCGAUAUUACUGGCCUCGCAUGAGUAGCGAUAUAAAAAAAUAUAUCGCGAAGUGCGAAAUUUGCCGCAUUGGUGCACCGACGGAAGCCAUCUUGUUCCGAGGAGAAGGUAGCCUGGAACGUCCUGUCGGGGUUCCCACGACGGAAGCCCCCUUGUGCUGGAACGCAACCCCUCCAGGAACAACUAUCGAGGUCGCCAUCAGUCCUCGAGGUUUCGUCAGCAGCAGUAAGGGCAAGGUCCCUAACAGGUUAGCUUUAGUUAAGGAAGUGGGGGGCAAGCAGUGUAAAGUCUGA